GGCCGAGCCAGCGCAGCGCUGGGAGCGGGACUGGGGGUGGGGAGACCAGCCCGGCCGAGGCGAGGGCCACCCCCUGGUCCUCUGCCCUCGCGCCCCGCCAGGACCAGCUUUUCUCUGCUCCCUCUAAACUCCUGAGGCUUGGAGAAAGAGAACUCUUAAAAACCAGUUUUUCUCUAUUUGAAUGACAGACCUUGCAGAAGACUUGUGUGGAAGAGUUUCUCUCAUCCCAGGUACAAAAAGCCUUAAGCAAGUUAUAAUCUAGGCAACAGGCUCCCUGAAGUAUUGACUUCCAACUUAAUCAUGAACAUGAAUCAAAAAUGUUAAUAAAUAAGCCAAGAUGACAGAUUAAGUAACUUGCCCAGUCUCACACAAGGAGUGGUGGAACAGGAGACCAUGGGGAAUUCAUAUGCUGGGCAACUGAAAUCUGCUCGAUUUGAAGAAGCUCUCCACAACUCCAUAGAAGCCUCUCUCAGAUGUAGUAGUGUGGUACCACGGCCAAUUUUUUCCCAGCUGUACUUGGACCCUGACCAGCAUCCUUUCUCAGCUGCAGAUGUCAAACCCAAGGUGGAAGAUCUGGAUAAAGAUUUGGUACACCGCUACACUCAAAAUGGCAGUCUGGAUUUUUCUAACAGUCUAGCAGUUAAUGAAAUGGAAGAUGAUGAUGAUGACGAAGAAAUGUCUGAGUCAAAUAGUCCACCAAUUCCUUAUUCACAGAAACCUGCCCCAGAAGGAUCUUGCACUACAGAUGGUUUUUGUCAAGCAGGAAAGGAUUUGCGUUUGGUAUCAUUGUGUAUGGAGCAAAUUGACAUCCCAGCAGGAUUCCUCCUGGUUGGGGCCAAAUCUCCCAAUCUUCCUGAACACAUCCUAGUCUGUGCUGUAGACAAGCGAUUUCUACCAGAUGAUCAUGGGAAAAAUGCACUUUUAGGAUUUUCUGGAAACUGUAUUGGCUGUGGAGAAAGAGGAUUUCGGUAUUUCACAGAAUUUUCCAACCACAUUAACUUGAAGCUCACCACUCAGCCAAAGAAGCAGAAGCACUUAAAGUACUACCUAGUCAGAACUUCCCAGGGGGUACUGUCAAAGGGGCCUCUUAUCUGUUGGAAAGAAUGUAGAAGCCGACAAUCCUCUGCUGCUUGCCAUCCUACUAAACCAAAUCCUUCAGUAUCAUCAACUGUGACCCCAGAAAAUGGGACAACUAAUGGAUAUAAAACAGGAUUCACUCAGACAGAUUCACCGGUUCUCAGCCCAGCUAAUUCUGCAAUCAAUUUAAGUGGAGCUCAGGACCUGACCCGGAAUAAGAAUGUUGUGAAACCACUGGCUUUAUCUUUACAGGUUGUAGGGAAGACUUUUGCAGAUGCUGCAAAUGGGAACAGCCAUGGAGGCAAGAGUAGUGCAUCUGGGUCCACUCCAGCCCGCCCAGGGAACUACUCCUUGUCACCAAGACCUAGCUACGCAUCCGUAGACCAAGCUACCAUGUUCAUUUCUGGGCCGCCAAAGAAACGACACCGAGGAUGGUAUCCUGGGUCACCUGUCCCCCAACCUGGUUUAGUUGUACCUGUUCCUGCAAUUCGCCCUCUUUCAAGAACUGAACCCCUUUUAUCUGCCCCAGUUCCACAGACCCCAUUAACUGGAAUUUUACAACCUCGGCCCAUUCCUGCAGGGGAAACUGUAAUUGUUCCUGAAAACCUGCUGAGUAACUCAGGAGUUAGACCAGUGAUUCUGAUAGGCUAUGGCACUUUACCCUAUUUCUAUGGAAAUGUUGGUGACAUUGUUGUGAGUCCUCUGCUGGUGAAUUGCUACAAGAUUCCUCAGUUGGACAACAAAGAUUUAGAACAACUGGGGUUGACGAGCAGCCAACUCCUGAGUGUGGAAAACAUGAUCCUUUUGACAAUACAGUAUCUUGUGCGCCUGGGUCCUGACCAGAUGCCUCUCAGGGAAGAAUUUGAGCAAAUUAUGCUGAAAGCUAUGCAGGAAUUUACUCUGAGAGAGCGAGCCCUGCAGAUGGGCUCUUCAUGUACACCUGUGUCACCAGGACAACUCCCAUGGCUUGCUAGAUUAAUUGCCAGCGUGUCUCAAGACUUGGUUCACGUGAUUGUGACCCAAAAUUCUUUGGCUGAGGGCAUUUCAGAGACACUGAGGAUUCUCAGUGAAAUGAGACACUAUCAAAGGCUACCAGAUUAUGUUGUGGCAAUUUGUGCAUCAAAAAUCAGAGGAAAUGAAUUUUGUGUGGUGGUGUUAGGUCAACAUCAGUCCCGGGCUCUGGCAGAGAGCAUGCUAACCACAAGUGAGUUUUUGAAAGAAAUUAGUUAUGAGCUCAUCACAGGAAAGGUCAGUUUCCUGGCAUCACAUUUCAAAACCACUUCAUUAGGUGAUGACCUGGACAAGCUGCUAGAAAAAAUGCAACAAAGAAGAGGAGACAGUGUGGUCACCCCUUUCAAUGGAGACCUUAAUGAAUGUGUGUCACCCCAGGAGGCUGCUACUAUGAUUCCAACGCAAAACCUGGAUUCAGAUAACGAAACCUUCCAAAUUUAUCAACCGCAGCUUACUGUUGCCAGAAAACUCUUAUCCCAGGUAUGUGCUAUUGCAGAUAGUGGCAGCCAGAGCUUGGACCUCGGCCACUUUAGCAAAGUGGACUUCAUCAUCAUCGUCCCAAGAUCAGAGGUUCUGGUCCAGCAGACUCUUCAACGGGUUCGACAAUCAGGUGUCCUUAUAGACCUGGGUCUGGAGGAAAAUGGGACAGCUCAUCAGAGAGCAGAGAAAUAUGUUGUUCGUCUGGACAAUGAGAUUCAAAGCAAGUUUGAAGUUUUUAUGAGGAGGGUGAAACAGAACCCGUACACACUGUUUGUGCUAGUUCAUGACAACUCCCAUGUGGAGCUAACGAGUGUCAUUUCUGGCUCUCUGUCACAUGGUGAACCCAGUCAUGGACUGGCUGAUAGAGUCAUUAAUUGCAGAGAAGUUCUGGAAGCUUUCAAUCUCCUGGUGCUCCAGGUUAGCUCCUUCCCAUACACACUGCAAACCCAGCAGUCCCGAAUCAGCUCCAGCAAUGAGGUUCACUGGAUACAGCUUGAUACCAUGGAGGAGGUGGGCUGUGAGGAGAAGCUGUACUUCGGCUUGAACGAGUACAGCAAGUCUCUGCAGUGGGGGGUCACCAGCCCGCUUCUGAGAUGCGAUGAGACCUUUGAGAAAAUGGUGAACACACUCUUGGAGAGGUACCCCAGGCUGCACAGCAUGGUCGUCCGCUGCUAUCUUCUCAUCCAGCACUACUCUGAGGCUCUGAUGGCACUCACUACUAUGGCGUCACUCCGAGACCACAGUACACCAGAAACACUUAGCAUUAUGGAUGACCUCAUCAGCUCUCCAGGAAAAAACAAAAGUGGGAAGGGACACAUGCUCGUUAUCAGGGUGCCCUCGGUGCAGCUGGCCAUGUUAGCCAAGGAGCGGCUGCAGGAGGUGCGCGACAAGCUGGGCCUACAGUACCGCUUUGAGAUCAUCCUGGGGAACCCCGCCUCUGAACUCAAUGUGGCAACGCACUUUGUGGCACGAUUAAAGAUUUGGAGAGGGAAUGAGCCCGAAGAGUGGAUCCCUCGGACGUAUCAAGAUUUAGAAGGCCUCCCUUGUAUAGUGAUAUUAACUGGCAAAGACCCUCUUGGAGAAACCUUUCCCAGGUCUUUGAAGUACUGUGACCUCCGGUUAAUCGACUCAAGCUAUUUAACUCGCACCGCCUUGGAGCAGGAGGUGGGUCUGGCAUGCUGCUAUGUCUCAAAGGAGGUCAUUCGGGGGCCCACUGCUGCCCUGGACCUCAGUGGGAAGGAGCCAGAGCAGGCCCCUAGCAGCGAGAAGGACUCCGAGGAGCUGCUCAUUGACCUAGAACGGCCGCAGAGCAAUAGCAGUGCUGUCACUGGAACCUCAGGUUCCAUCAUGGAGAAUGGGGUGAGCUCCUCCAGUACAGCUGACAAGUCCCAGAAGCAGUCCCUGACCUCCAGCUUCCAAAGCCCAGUCACCAGUGUGGGGCUGGAUGAAGGGGUCUCUGCCAGCACUGCCAGGGCUGGGGAGACCCUGAAGCAGGAGUGUGACUCCCUGGGUCCUUUGAUGGCCAGCAGCACCACCUCCAAGCCCUCCUCAUCCUCAUCAGGCUCCCGGAGCCUUGCAUGGCCAGGACAGCCCCCCAGAGGCCUUAGGGGCCUGCACACUGCCCUGCCCCCAGUAGUUAUCUUAUCUAAGGCGGCCUACAGUCUCCUGGGCUCCCAGAAGGGCAGUAAGCUGCCAUCUUCCUCAUCCCUGCUACCACAUGCUGACGUGGCCUGGGUGAGCUCCCUGAGGCCGAGCCUGCACAAGGACAUGAGCAGCGAGGAGCAGUCCCUCUACUACCGGCAGUGGACCUCAGCCAGGCAGCACCACGCUGACUACAGCAACCAGCCAGACUCUGCCUCAGGUGCCCGGACCUUCCAUCCACGGCGGCUGCUGCUGAGUGGGCCCCCCCAGGUGGGAAAGACUGGCUCCUAUUUACAGUUCCUUAGGAUCCUCUUCCGCAUGCUCAUCCGGCUCCUGGAGGUAGACGUGUACGACGAGGAGGAGAUCAACACCGAUUACAACAAAAGCAGUGAUGUGAGCCAGUCAGAAGGAGAGCCCUGGCCUGACAUCGAGAGCUUCAGCAAACUGCCUUUUGAUGUCAGUGUGCAUGAUCCUAAGUACCGUCUGAUGAGCCUGGUAUAUACUGAGAAGCUGGCAGGGGUCAAACAAGAAAUAAUAAAGGAAUGCAAAGUUGAAGAGUCCCGGAAACGAGAAACCGUGUCCAUGAUGCUGACCAAAUAUGCAGCCUACAACACCUUUCACCACUGUGAGCAGUGCCACCAGUACAUGGACUUCACCCCUGCCUCCCAGAUGUCUGAUUCCACCCUUCAUGCAUUCACGUUUUCUUCGUCUAUGCUGGGAGAAGAGGUUCAGCUCUAUUUCAUCAUUCCCAAAUCCAAAGAGAGUCAUUUUGUCUUCAGCAAGCAGGGCAAACACCUGGAGAGCAUGCGGCUGCCUCUGGUUUCAGACAAGAAUUUGAAUGCAGUCAAGAGCCCUAUUUUCACUCCUUCCAGUGGCCGACACGAGCAUGGACUCCUAAACCUUUUCCACGCCAUGGAGGGCAUCAACCACCUUCACCUCCUGGUGGUCAAAGAAUAUGAGAUGCCGCUGUAUCGCAAGUACUGGCCCAACCACAUCAUGCUGGUGCUUCCUGGCAUGUUCAAUAAUGCAGGCGUGGGUGCUGCUAGGUUCCUCAUUAAGGAGCUGUCCUAUCACAACCUAGAACUGGAGAGGAACCGCCUGGAAGAGCUGGGAGUCAAACGCCAGUGUGUCUGGCCUUUCAUCGUCGUGAUGGAUGACUCCUGUGUCCUAUGGAACAUUCACAGUGCUCAAGAGCAAACCAGCCAGCCCAUGGAAGCAGGAGUUUCCAGUAAGAAUGUGUCCUUGAAGAGUGUCUUGCAGCAUAUUGAAGCCACACCAAAAAUUGUCCACUACGCAAUCCUGGGCAUACAGAAAUGGAGCAGCAAACUGACUUCUCAGAGCCUAAGGGCCCCAUUCUCGAGGUGCCACGUGCAUGACUUCAUUCUCCUCAACAUAGACUUGACUCAGAAUGUGCAGUAUGACUUCAACAGGUAUUUCUGUGAAGAUGUUGACUUUAACCUGAGGACAAACAGUAGUGGCCUGCUCAUCUGCCGCUUUAAUAACUUCAGUCUCAUGAAGAAACAAGUUCAGGUUGGAGGACAAAGGGACUUUAUCAUUAAGCCAAAGAUCAUGGUGUCACAGAGCCUAGCUCCCAUCCUGCCCCUCCAGUACGUCUGCGCGCCUGACAGUGAGCACACACUUCUGGCAGCCCCUGCACAGUUUCUCCUCGAGAGGUUCCUUCAACAUGCUGCAUAUAAACUCUUCCCCAAAGCCAUCCAGAACUUCAAGAGUCCUGUGCUGGCCAUCGACUGCUACCUUAACAUUGGACAGGAGGUGGCCAUCUGCUACAUCAGCUCCAGACCCCACUCCAGCAAUGUCAAUUGUGAAGGGGUGUUUUUCAGUGGACUCCUCUUGUACCUCUGUGACUCUUUUGUAGGUGCUGAUCUUCUUAAGAAAUUUAAGUUUCUAAAAGGUGCUACCCUGUGUGUCAUCUGCCAAGACAGAAGCUCUUUACGCCAAACAAUCGUCCGCUUAGAGCUAGAAGAUGAAUGGCAGUUCCGCCUCCGGGACGAGUUUCAGACUGCUAACAGCAGUGAUGACAAGCCUCUCUACUUUCUCACUGGACGCCACGUAUGAGCUUUUGACGAAACCAAAAAUAACAAUGGGAUGCCUAGAUGGGGUGGGACCAAAACAAUUAUUGGGGAUUUCUUUUCCUUAAAGUACAAUCACUGUGGAGCAAAGUGCAACAUAUUUGUCUAUUCUCCAAAGAACUCUCCAAAUCUAACCCAAGUUUUGGGGGACAUCGUUCUCCUUCAGUCCCAAUUAUAGAACCUGAAGUUCAGAUGGACUCCACAGUAGGCAUUUAUGCAGUUACUUAAGAUAUGGUCUGCCUGUGGGAGCCUGAGAAGGCAAGACUUUGGAGAACAAACAUGGAGUUGGUGUUGUUUUUUCUACUAUACUAUGUUAGGGAGAAAACUGACUGUCAGCAUUAGUUCGCUUGAAUGUGUUACAUGAGUCCCACACCACUGGUGUGGAAUUAACUGAAGAUUAAUGUUUGGGGCCUGAACCCUCAGUUUCUCUUCAGAGCUGUACUUGGGUACAGUAUUACUCAGGGGUCUGAAAUGAUAGAAUGUAGAAGAUAUUUGUAUUUAAAAAAAAGUAGUUUUGUCUUUUCUCUGUGCAGUGUUAGUUUAAGAUUCAUACUCUUAUAUGUAUUGAAACUUUUGGCAAAAUUUCCACAGGAGUUAAAAGUUUACUAUUUAAACUGAACAAAUGAAUCAGUAAAUGCAGAGCAGGCACUGCGUGUGUUAUGAAGCUUCUCUUAGCUUAACUCCUUUGCUUUUCCCAUUCUUUAAAAAAGUUUCCAGUCUAUGACAAUAUGGAACUAUGAUUAUUAUUGUGCAAGAAACUGAUUAAGUAGCUGGGCCAAUUCAGCAACUUUCUGCAGUUUACCUUCCCCGACCCUGUUUUGGUUGGAAGUAAGCAGUUGGCACCAGCAAACUUUAUAUGUCAGCCUGAGAUUCUGUUGUGGAGUCAAAUUCAGGAACUCAAGCAAAGCUUCCUUUUACAGAUACUGAGUACCAGCCGCCUUACAAUAACAACACAGAAAAUACUGAAAUGGGAAAUAGAGCCAUAGAAAGAGAAAUAACUGUUUUACUUAAUCUACCAGUACUUUUUUGUGAGGAGUAAAGAGAACCCCAUGAAGACUGUUUUUGGUUAAUUAAACUCAGCAGGUGGUGUUUAACCAGUAUAAACAGUUAGAUUUCUAAGUUUCUAUGGCUUUCUCACCAAAAAUUUUAAUCAAAAAUGUAUUUUCAGAAAUAGAACAGUAAACUUCUAUUGGAAGUUUACACUUAACUUAUUCUAGUUCAUCAUUAAACAGUCUCUUCAGACUUUUCUCAUUAGCCCAUAUGUAUCACUUUAUCCCCAUUUAAAAUGGUCAUUUUUACUUGAAUCUAUCUUAUGACCUGAAACUACUGAGAGGGGCCUACUAAGCCUGCAUUUACUUAGAACAAAUAGUGUUAAUUGACCAGCUUUAUUGUCUUGUGAUAAACAAGGAGUUUACAGCUAGUGAGAAGAUGGAAUGUAUUAGACUGAAGAUGGUUUGUAGAUCUCUUGGUUUUAAUAUAGCUACUUACAAUGCUUUAAAUGUAUUUUGAAAUGAACAAUUCCUUUUAACCCCGCUUUUUAAUUGUCCUUCAAAGAAGACCUGCCUUAUAUAGCCUUUAAAAAUACUCCUUAACUUUAAUACAGCAGAGUUUUUGGCAAAGAGGUACAUUCUGAAGCAAUUUGGUUUACAUGUAUGAAUGUAUUUCACUUGCUCCUGUUUUGUUGAAAGGGCCUGGUGCAGAUGAUAUCAAGAAAACCAUUGUUUGUGCAAUAUUCCAAUAACACUACAUAGGGCAAAUAAAAUACUUGAAAUCAAUUCUAAAACAGUUUUUGUACCUGGGGCAGAUGGCCUCUUAAAGAGUUUCUUCUGGCUUUGUAACUUCAUAGUCUAAAGAACACUUAAAAAUUAAUUACUUGAUGCAGGUGCUCCACAUUAGGUAGGGCUGCACUCUGGAAAUUCAAACGAUUACGAGCUCAUAAAUACUACUCAACUCUGCGAAAGAGAAAUGCCAGAAUGAAGCCAAUGACCAUCACCCCGACAAUGGAAACAUUUCAGUUGACCUGCCUCUUCUUUUCAAACCCUAUCUUACUAAGGUUUGGAUCUUUUAAAAUGCCCUCUUUCAGGGCAUUUUUAAGGAUGAAACUGCACAAGCACAGGACACCAUGAUUUGUUAAUGCGUGUCUUGGGGUAUGCAGUUUUAUGCUUAUCCAUCCCUUAGACUCUGAGGUGGGAUAAAUGUAUUCACUAAGCCACACAGUAACUUUACAGGCUGCUGGAACCUCAGCACAUAUGACAGUUCAUACAGGUUAAUACUGAAUGUAAACUAAAAAUUAGAAGAACUGUUGUAGUCAAUUUGUUUUGGCUGUAAUUUAUGCAACUGCUUCUUGUGACUUUUAGAAAAGGGGGUACCUGUGUUUUUAUUACUGUAAAAUUUUCUUAACCAAAAUUUGGUGAAUUUCACUAGUCAGUCUACCUCACAUUUUGUUUAUAAUUCUAAGUUGUCUUAAGUUGUGUCUACAGUAUGUUCGUGUCCUUUCAUUUAAUUUGGUGAAUGUAUUAAAAUUCUCUCCCAUUCCCUACCUCCCAAAAAAGUUUGUUUUCUUUAAGCUAAUUUUCUGUAUGUUAAAAAAGUGGAAAGAACUUCCUGACUCCAGCAAUGUCUAAGAAAGGCUGGAUGUACCAUUAUCAUCGGUUGGAUAGCACUAAGGUUCUCUAUUUUGCACAACAGUCCAAGAAAAUGCUAAAUAGUUGCUGAACGAAAGUCUGUCUCUCAUACAAAGCAGAUAACACACACAUAAAAUAGCUACAGACCCAAAUACACAUUUCCAUAUAAUUACAGAUCACAGAAUGAGAAAUGAGGGAUUAGAAAUAGUCACAGUACAGCCCCAGUCUUUCACUGUAUGGAAAGUAACUGUUCUCACUUUGGUAUCCUCAGAUACAGAACUCUGAGUUGCUAGAACUAUGUAGUACUCAUGAUAUGUGUUAUUGUUAAUCUGAUUUGUUUCUAAACACCUAAUUUGAGAAUAACUGUUGCCCCAGAAAAUGCCUCUCCGCUCUCAUAUGUAAAGAGUACUAAAAUAAUAGAAUUUGAAAGAGAACUAACGAAAACACUCUUCUAGGACAAAGGCUCCAGGGAGUUACCUGAUGAGGGGCAAUGUUUGUAGGUCUGAUGACAGACUGAAGGGAAUAGAGAACACCAGUGUUCUACACCUGUUUCAAGCAGCUGCCCUGAAAAGACUAUUAACAUUCUGACUGCCAAACUUUCACAUUCAGCUACCUCACCCUGGAAUAACAUCCAGAAGACAAACAUUCCUCAGGCUUGUAGACAUGCAAACUGGCUCCUAAGUUUGGGCCAGAAUAUUGCUGUAAGACUGAGGUCCUCGCCUCACUGAAAAAGCCAUCACUAAAGAUUUUAGAAAUGGCCUGUAAGGUCAAAGAAAAAGUUGUUCAGAUAAUAAAUUCACUAGACACUUAACUGUCAGGUACUGAGCAUUUACUUCAGUGACAACAGAGUAAGUUACAAGAAAGAAAAGGCAAUACCACAAAGUGUUUUCUCACUACUUCCUAAGAGGUUCAAUGUAUUUUAUUUUUACAAAAAAGGAUAAUGCGCAUGAGAUGUUCCUAUGAGACAGAAAGAACUUUUCCCUUUCAGGAGUCAAGAGAAAAAAAGAAGGUAUAUAUCUCUAGUCACUUCUACAGGAAUUGACUCAGCAAUUUUAAUAAUAGGUGCACUAGUAUUAAAUAUGUAGCUGGCCAUAUUCCUGCCCAGCUACAGAAAAGGGAUAAGACUCUGUAGCUGGGCAGCCAGGCAAAGUAAGCAAUAACAAUUAAAAUACCACUGCAGGUCUGUUGUACUCAUAGACUGGAUUUACAAUACUCAUCCUUUUAGCAGGCACACCAAGUUUACUCUUGCUUGUUAUAAACUGAUGAAAUUUGCCUUUUACAAUUCUUGCUAAAGAAACUAACCAUUUUGUGUCUACACAAGUAAGGGCAUAACCCUUCAAAUCUCAUGGUUCCUACAGUAUCUAUAUGCUAGUUAUUUUCACAAAAGACCAACUAUUUGAGAGCUAACAAAAAAUUUAUAGACACUUUUAUAUCAGCAAUUAUAGACUCCAAUCCUUCUGAAGCUUGACUACAGCCAUUGGUCUAAACUCACUGUUGCUCAACCACCCCAGAGACACAGCUAUUUUUCUGACAUCACUUGGACUCUUCUGUCUUCAAUUGUGAUAUCAUGGUGUUACACAUUCCCUGAUUUUUUUUUCUUCUAAUGUUUUAAAUAGUGUGUAUAUUAAUUGUUCAAAGGGGUUUUACUGUGAUAUUGCCAUACUUGCAUAUAAUGAACUUUAACUAAAUUCACUCUAGUACUCUUUCUUGUUCUCUCCCCACCCCUGCCUUUUUGAGACAGGGUCUCCUUAUAUAGCCCAGGUUGGCUACAUGGCCUGCCUCAGCCUCCUGAGUACUGUGAUUACAGGAGUGUAACACCAUACUUAGCCAUUCUUUGAUUUUUUUUAAGACUCUUCCCUUGCUUUCUGCCACUCUUUUCUGACUCUCUUACCUGGAUCAUGCCUUCUCAGAUCUUCUUCUUUGAGAUGCUUAAAUGAUGGUAUUCCUUGAAGAGCUCUCAUAAUUUCUCCUGUUACAAACCCCAUGAUGGUACCUUCUUAACCUUCAAGUAACUCAUAAAUAUGCUCAGUCCAAACCUCUCCCAAACUUUAUAUCCGCAUUUCCAAUUGUACACUAGAUAUUUCUACUUGGAGGCUCUAUAACAAUCUUCAAAUCUUGACCAAAUCUGAGCUCACUCUUUGCCAUCAAAUCCUUCCAACCUAAUUCCCUUAUAUUCC